AUGAAACAAUAUGCUGCCGUGAUGGGGGAGAUCGACGAAAUUGAUGGCAACGACAUGGAAAUCGUCCCUGCACCCCUUUUCGAUAAUGAUUUCAGAGAAUUUGACAUCAUCAAAAACAUCCCUGGCAAGCUUUGUACAUCGAUUUUGAAUUUUGAUCUAUAUCAAGACAAAGUCCACGUAUACGAAGGGUAUCCACGAAGCCGUAAGUGCAUUUCGGUGGAACGAUCCAUUCCUGCCUCGUCCAGGUAG